GGCGGGGGAGUACGCGGCGGAGCUCCACGCGGAUGGGAUAAAUACAACAACAACAACAACAACAACAAAAAAAGCUCACAGUUCACUCCACUUUGCGUAUUUGUGUGUGCGCACGAGCUCCGGACUGGAGGGGAAGAAAAUGCUCUUCUAGCGGCAGACAUUUGCGUCGUUUUCUUCUUUCCUUUUUGGACAAGCUCUUGUUCAAGUUUUCCUCGAAAAUAGGUUUUUGAUUUGGUUCGGUCCAGGGACGACAUGGGGAGCGAACAAUACUUGCCGGAGCUUCAGGCGGAGAAGGACUCGCUGGACCCGUCUUUCCAGCACUCUCUGCGGCUACUGGAGCAAGAAAUUGAAAAGAUUCAGAAAGACGAGGGCAAGGAGGAGGAGAAGUUCAUCGACGUCGUCAUAAACAAAAACAUGAAACUGGGCCAGAAAGUUUUGAUACCAGUCAAGCAGUUUCCUAAAUUUAACUUUGUCGGCAAACUUCUCGGGCCACGGGGGAACUCGUUAAAGAGGCUACAGGAGGACACCCUCACAAAGAUGUCCAUUCUGGGCAAAGGGUCCAUGCGAGACAAAGACAAGGAAGAGGAGCUGCGCCAGAGCGGCGAGACCAAAUACCAGCACCUGAACGAAGACCUGCACGUCCUCAUCGAGGUGUUCGCCCCGCCGGCUGAGGCCUACGCCAGGAUGGGUCACGCCCUGGAGGAGAUCAAGAAGUUUCUUAUACCAGAUUACAACGAUGAGAUCAGACAGGCCCAGCUGCAGGAGCUCACCUACCUGAACGGAGGCUCGGAGGAUGCCAAGGUGCCAGCGGUCAGGGGCAAGUCAGCCGCCCGUGCAAGAGGGACACCUGUUCCAGGACCCCCCAGGAGUCGAGGAGGAGUGCCCCCUUUGCAUGCGGCCGUGCCCAGGGGAGCGGCACCCAGAGGAGCUCCGCCAAGCCGCACGGCGUCUGCCAGGGGAAGGGGGGUGCAGCGAGCCAGGGGAGCCCCCCCAGCCACCGGAUACCGACCGGCUCCACCCAUUGUACAGGACACUUACGACGAAUACGACUACGACGCUGGAUACGGAACUACGUAUGACGACCAAGGAUACGAGUCUUACGACAACAACUACAGCAAUCAAGGACAGAACUCAGAUGACUACUACGAAUACGGACAAGGCGGCGAAUCGUAUGAGUCUUACGGUCAAGAAGAGUGGACCAACAGUCGCGGCAAGGCGCAGUCGGCGAGGACGACCAAGGGAGCGUACAGAGAGCAGCCGUAUUCCAGAUACUGAACUGUGUCAUGGCCCACGUCAGAGUCUUCGUGGCAGUUCCGACCCAAGUAAUGGAUUUUUUUUUUUUUUUUAUGGAUGUCCCCACAUUUUAAGAAAUCAAACCUAAACUCCUGUACAAAAAAAAACCACAUCUAGAGAAGGACUGUGAAUGAGUGAAAUAUGAUUGUAAAAAUGGAAGCCCCCCCCACACACACACAAAAUAAUAUUGAAGCUCCACUAAAAAGUAAAAAAAAAAAAUAAAAAUAAAUCGCUAGAUCUUUCCGACACCGAAGUUUUAAAAAGUCAUAAUAUAACAAUAAGACUGUUUCCCUGCUGUGCUCAGUUGGGCCGACCCGUGCCCCGGAUAAUUGAUGCACCCCCAAAAAGCUUUAUAAAUUCCUAGCAUUGCCAAAAUAUGGCAGCAAAGCAUUACUAAUGAAGCUCCUGAACUCACUUCCAUAUUGUUCCUAUGCACCAAGAUGCCAUAAGAUGGCAACAAUGAAAUAUUAAAAAAUUAGACAUGGCACCGGCCUAAGCACAGUGAAACUGUUCAAUUUUCUGCAAAUAAUCUCGGCACACGUGUACUCUGUAGACAAAUACAGUGCACCUCAGCCUUUAGUUCGCUUAUGCCAUGAGGAGAAAUAUGCUUUGGGCAUGAUGUCAAACUUUUAAUUUAAAAUGACAUCGUGAUACAGCUCAAAAAAACAAAAACAAAAAUAGCCUAACCUCACGUCGGACGGUCAUAAAGCGACCCUACCCCUGUAUUGUAGUAAUAGUACGAUACAGUAUUUUGCAAAAAACAAAUUCCAACACUAACUUUUUCCCCCCUUUAAUGUUGUGACUUCUUGAAAUAUCCUAACUUUGUCUUGUUAAACAAAAAAAAAAAAAAAUCAACUCAAGAAAUUUUCCUCACCUUUAUUUUCAUCACAUCCAAACUUUUUCCGUUACUGCACCAGCUCCUAAAAUCUUCGGUAUGGGCCUCACACGGUCCCAAUAAGAAAAACUUUUUGCUCCUGCUGGAUCAUACAACUCAGGAUGCAUCCUUCACUCUUGCCAGAAAUGAACAGACGUAAAUCAAUUUGUUUUUCCAGUUUGUCUCUCACCUCUGUAAGGGGGACGGAGAUUAAUGUGUCCAAGUUAUUUUCCUCAGCGUAGCCGCCGGGUGCAACUUAAUGUAUCUCCUUCGAUAGACUCCCAUGAAAACUUGGUCCAUCGCUAAAGAUGUAACGGCUAGUACUAGGACGUGCGGUAUUGUAGAUAUCUUUUUCUCAAGGAGUCAGUUGAAAUGUGUCCCUUGUAAUAUAUGCAUUUUCA